AUGUCACUAAAGAAAGCCCUAAGCCCUUUGAGGCAUGUUGCAAGCCCGAGGCGGCACGCAUCAGUGCAAUCGCCACUGGUCUCGUACAGAAGAGAACCAUCUUCAUACGACGAACCUCUGAUAAACGAUUUGACAAGAAAAUUUGGAAAUCUUCUCACUGCUGACUGUCAGAGUAUAAACAAACAAAUUGGUAAACGUCGGCCCUUAUUUGGGGGCUGGUAUGAAGUUAAACUAUUGGCAAGCGUAGAGGAACAAUAUGAAAAAAAGUUUGCUAUCCCUUGCCUGGAUACAGACACGAUUAAUACUUUCCUACAAAGUAACUUGGAAAAAGGAUUUUCUUUCAAUAUUUUAGGCAGAGGAAGUUUUGGAACAGUACUGGAAGCAAUAUAUAAAGGAAACUACAUUGCAGCAAAACUAGUGGACAAACAAAGACAUCCAGAUGCAAUUUUCACACUUGAAAAUGAAUCAAAUGGUAUGGGUCUAUGCCAUCCUAAUAUAAUACACAUAAUUAAAGUUAUAAAUCCCAAUAAACAGUUUGGAAUAGUUUUAAUGGAAAAAUGUUGUGGUACGGAACUUCAAAAACUCUUGGAUGAUCCACAAUAUCCCAUUACUGAGGCAAGAAAGAUAAGGUAUACACUUGACAUUGCUGAAGCUCUUCUGUACUGCCACAGAAGGAAUAUUCUACAUCUCGAUGUGAAGCCAAGAAAUGUUAUUGUCUGUGAGAAUACUGAUAGAUGUAAACUUUUUGACUUUGGAAGCUCAUUAAAUUUGAAGAAGCAAUCAAAAAAACAAAGGAACUUAAUGUCCACAGUAAUAUAUACAGCACCAGAAAUGUUUAAGGGGGAAGAAGAAACAUCAGCAGUAGAUGUUUAUGCCUUAGGUAUAACUAUGUGGCAGAUAGAGCAACGUGAAAUACCAUAUAGUAUGUAUCACACUGCUGAAGAAUUAAUACUACAGGUAAGUGCCGGCCUGAGACCAAAGCUGAGCACUAGCAAUGACGCCUACACUGCCUUAUACAGAGAAUGUUGGAAGGAUGAUCCUUUGUGUAGACCUAACAUGCUGCUGAUUACUCACAAAUUAUCUGAAAUGGCUGAUGAACACAUGAAGUCUCAGAGAAAAUACUAUGAUCAGAAAUGCUUAGGGGAAAUUUGUUUUUAUUCUUCACUUAAAUGA